UCUCUCACACACACACACACUCACUGAGCCAAUAAUGGCCAUGCCUUUCCUCUCUCUCCCAACCUUCUCUCCACCGUCAUCGUUCUCCUUCCUCCCCAAGCUCAGGCCCACCUCAUUCAGCCUCCUUCUCAAGCCGCCCCUACUAACCGCCUCCACCGCCGUCUCCGCCAUCGGCCCCGACGGGAAAUACUACCCUACCCCCGCCGACGACGACCCCCCGGAAGCCCCCGAAGACUCCAUGCACGGAUUCAACAAAUUCCAGCAAAUUCAGCGCCAGGCUGCCCGAGCCCGCAAAAUCCAGGAAGAGGAGAACAAGAAGGACCUGCCCCUUUUCCUCAAGGCCAUCGAGGCAACCGAGGUCAAACCUGCCUCCGCCAGCAGCGACGGCUCCGGGGACGAUCUAUUUGGGGACAUCGACGAGGCCAUCGCCCUGAAGCGCGAGGAAUUUAUCAACAAGGGGCUCAUAAAAAAGAAGCCCGAGCCCGAAGAGGCGAGCGUCGACGAGCUGGACCCUGAAGAAGCCGUUGAUUUGGAGGAGAUCGAACAGCUCCGAGUGCUGGCCGAGGUUCCAGACGACGAGCCAGUGGAGGAAAGUGAAGAACUCGAGGUCAAUGAUGGCGAUUUAUCGAAAUCAUUCGACAUUGAUCUUGAUGCGUUAGGUAGGACGAAGACUAGGAUUGUCGAACCCAAGUUCAAGAUGACCUUAGCCGAACUAUUAGACGAAAGCAAAGUGGUUCCUUUAGCUGUCUAUGGUAACCUAGAGAUCGAAAUUAGCGGAAUCUCCCACGAUUCCCGGCUUGUAGAGAGUGGGGAUUUAUUCGUGUGUCGUGUUGGAAAAAAUACAGACGGCCAUCUCUAUUUGUCCGAGGCGGACAAAAGAGGUGCUGUUGCUGUUGUUGCCAGUAAGGAAAUAGACAUUGAAGGCACAUUAGGAUGUAAAGCCUUGGUCAUUGUUGAGGACACAGAUGUAGUUCUAGCUUCACUAGCUGCUUCAUUCUUUAGGCAUCCCUCUAAAAGCAUGUCCGUUAUUGGCAUAAUGGGAACAAACGGGAAAACGACUACCACUUUCUUGAUAAAAGGGGUGUACGAAGCAAUGGGCUUGCGAACGGGCAUGUUGAGCACCGUUGCAGAUUGCAUCUAUGGAGAUAACAAGCUGGAGUCGGAUAAAAAACCCACGGAUGCAAUUUCGGUCCAGAAGGUGAUAGCAAAAAUGGUGCAUAACGGGACAGAGGCUUUAGUCAUGGAGGCUUCUUACCAUGGGCUCGCAUCCGAAAGGUGUGACGAGGUGGAUUUUGAUGUGGCAGUCUUCACGAACUUGUCGAGGGACCACUCGAAUGAUUUCAAAGGCUCGGAGGACGAGUACAGGGAGGCUAAUGCCAGGCUGUUCUCGAGGAUGGUGGACCCCGCACGUCACCGCAAGGUCGUUAAUAUUGACGACCCAAACGCGGCCUUCUUUAUCUCUCAGGGGAAUUCGGAUGUGCCGGUUAUUACUUUUGCAGUGGAAAACAAGAAUGCUGACGUGCGUCCAUUGAAAUUCGAGCUUUCCUUGUUUGAGACGCAGGUUCUGGUGAGCACGCCCGAGGGUAUUUUGGAGAUUUCAUCUGGGCUGCUCGGGAGGUGCAAUGUGUACAACAUUCUUGCAGCUGUGGCAGUUGGCAUUGCUGUUGGGGCUCCUCUGGAGGACAUUGUUAGAGGGAUAGAGGAAGUUGAUACUGUCCCAGGCAGGUGUGAGUUGAUAGAUGAGGAACAGGCUUUUGGGGUUAUUGUGGACCAUGCGAACACGCCGAAUGGGUUGUCGAGGCUUCUUGACAAUGUGAGGGAGCUUUCGCCAAAAAGGAUUAUUACUGUGUUCGGUUGUGCUGGUGAAAAGGAUAGAGGGAAGAGGCCCCUGAUGACAAAGAUAGCUACAGAGAAAAGUGAUGUCACAAUCUUGACAUCAGACAAUCCGGGAAAUGAAGAUCCUUUGGACAUUUUGGACGACAUGCUAACUGGGGUAGGGUGGUCAAUGCAAGAUUACUUGAAAUAUGGAGAUAAUGAUUACUAUCCACCUCUUCGUAAUGGGCAUAGGCUUUUUUUGCACGAUAUUAGACUUGUAGCCGUGAGAUGUGCAGUUGCCAUGGGCGAAGAAGGAGACGUGGUUGUGGUUGCUGGCAAAGGUCAUGAAACGUUUCAAUUAGAAGGGGAGAAGAAAGAAAAAUGCGUUUUUACCGGUUCACGAGCCUCAUCCCUAGCAUCCCCUGCUAGAGUGACUGCUGGUGACAUAGUUCAUGACGACGAGACUCCCAAGAAGCCAGGAUGCGAGAAUGAUUUCGUGUUGGUAAAAGUCCAGACUUGGGUUGAUGGUGUAGAGGAUGUGGAAUUUGUUGGUGUUGGUGCUCGAUUUGGGACUACCAUAGUAUCGAAAGAGAAAAAUGCUAAUCAAACUCAUCUCGUUCGAUCGGACCCUCGGGAUUGCUGCAGUCCUCUUAGAAAGAAGAUUGCUGGUGAGGUUUUAAUGGUGGACAGAGGCCAUUGCAAGUUCACAUCCAAGGCGAAUUUCGCUGAAGCUGCUGGUGCUUCAGCAGUCCUCAUUAUAAACAAUGAGAAAGAACUAUACAAGAUGGUUUGUGAGCCUGAUGAAACUGAUUUAGACAUACACAUUCCCACCGUUAUGCUCCCACGUGAUGCUGGUGCAACAUUGGAGAAAAUGUUGUCCAAUAGUUCCUCAGGGUUUGCAAACGUGCUUAGUUGCCUUGCUAUCAAGGUACGGUGGUUCAAGAAAGCUGGAGAGUCGUUUAUAAAAUUACCCGUUUUGGGGGCUAUCUCAUACCUUACACUGGCUGUUGCGCCAUUCUGCAUAGCUUUUGCUGUUGUCUGGGCUGUGGAAAGAAACAACUCUUUUGCAUGGAUUGGUCAAGAUAUACUCGGAGUUGCGCUUAUAAUUACUGUUCUUCAGAUAAUCCGAAUCCCUAAUCUCAAGGUAGGCACAGUCCUCUUAGGCUGUGCUUUCAUUUAUGACAUCUUUUGGGUGUUUCUUUCCAAGAAACUGUUCAAAGAAAGUGUAAUGAUUGUGGUAGCGCGUGGUGAUAGAAGUGGUGAAGAUGGAAUCCCAAUGCUUCUAAAGAUUCCUCGUUUAUUCGAUCCGUGGGGUGGAUACAGUAUCAUUGGCUUUGGGGAUAUCCUUUUGCCCGGACUUCUUGUUGCAUUUUCCCUUAGGUAUGAUUUUCUAGCGAAGAAGACCCUUCGAACCGGAUAUUUCCUGUGGGCAAUGUUUGCUUAUGGAUUAGGUCUCCUAAUCACAUAUGUAGCUCUAAACUUGAUGGAUGGUCAUGGCCAGCCGGCUUUGCUCUACAUUGUCCCUUUUACCCUCGGGACAUUUUUGGCACUCGGGAGAAAAAGAGGCGAUUUGGAGUUACUAUGGACGAGAGGGGAACCUGAAAGGGUUUGCCCGCACGUUCGUCUUGAAUCGGGUCAAGAUUCGAUUUGAGAAAAAAUGAAGAAAAUAACAAACUUACAAACUUUCUAUGUAACUCUGUAUAAUUUCUUCUUAGUAGUAAGAUAAUUAGAAUGCAAUCUUAUCUGUAUUCUGGCCAAAAAAUGAAUAGUUUGUUCUUGGAAGUAUGUAUAAUAUUAUCAUUGUUAUUUAGAUCAAAUGUAUGAAACAUUGAGAUGCACCUUGUAUGUGUUUUGAAGGUUUUAUCUCUGUUGGAUUUUUCUGCU